AUGCCUGCAAGCAAGCUAAGGAAGGCCCUUGGUGCAGUAAAAGAUCAAACAAGCUUAAGUCUCGCCAAGGUAACAAAUGCAGCAAAUCUUGAAGUUGUCAUCCUCAAAGCCACAACGCAUGAUGAGAUUCCCAUUGAAGAUCGUUUCGUUAAUGAAAUUGUGGGUCUCGUAUCAUCCAACAAGCUUUAUGCAGCAGCAUGUGCUCAAUCCAUUGGCAAACGCAUUGGUAAAACCAGAAACUGGGUUGUUGCGUUGAAAUCUCUCAUGAUCAUCCUCAGAAUCUUUCAAGAUGGUGAUCCUUAUUUCCCCAGAGAAGUCUUGCAUGCAAUGAAACGUGGCUCAAGAAUCCUAAAUCUCUCAGGAUUCAGAGACGAUUCGAGUUCGAGUCCAUGGGAAUACACUGCUUUUGUCAGAUUAAUGGCUUUGUACCUUGAUGAACGCUUGGAUUGCUUCUUAACAGGAAAGCUUCAAAGAAGAAUCACAUUCAAGAAUCAAAGUCCUUUCAAGAAUCAUCAUCACAAGAUGUUUAAUGAUACUGUGGGAAUCAAAGACAUGAAACCAGCAAUGUUGCUUGACAAGAUUACUUAUUGGCAACGCUUGUUGGAUAGAGCUAUAGGAACAAGACCAACUGGGGAAGCUAAAAAAAAUCGUUUAGUUCAAAUCUCUCUAUACGCUGUCGUUCAGGAGACUUUUGAUCUCUAUAGAGAUAUCUCUGAUGGGCUUGCUGUUAUUCUUGAUAGCUUCUUCAAAUUCCCAUACAAGUCAUGUCUCUCUGCAUUUCAAGCUUGUGUGAAAUCUUGCAAGCAGUUUGAUGAGUUAGGUGAUUUUUAUUCAUUUUGCUUAAGCAUUAGGGUUGGUAGGAGCAGUGAGUAUCCUAAAGUUCAGAAGAUAUCAGAAGAACUCAUGGAAACAUUACAAGAGUUCUUAAGAGACCAAGCUACAACUAACACUAACAUUAAUGUUAGUGGUUAUAAUCAUAAUCUUCAUUCUAAAUCUUCUUCUUCUUCUUCACAAUACUCACCACUCUCAAAACACUUGCUGGUUUCUGCAUUAGGGGAAAGUCCAGGUAUUCAUUAUGAGAGAUAUGGGACACCAGAGCGUUACUUUGAGACAGAAUCUGAACAUGGAUCAUCUCAUUGCACAUCAUUAGAGGAUUUAAUGAUUGCUACCGAUGCUGGAACGUUGACACCAAGGAGGUUUGAGAUAGAUUAUGGUGAUGAUGAUCAAGUUGAGAAGCAAUCAGAGAAUAAUAAUGAUGAUGAUACAUCUAGUUCUUAUGAGUCUUGUUCAAACCAUUCUUACCCUAUUGAUCAAGCAGCUGGGUCUAGUUUAGACCUUGUGAGUCUUGAUGAGGUGCAAAACGAAGGAGAAAAAGAAAAGAGAGCAAAUAAUAAUUCAUCCCAAGAUUGUUGGGAGCUAGUUUUGGCAGAGACAACAAGUACUACAACAGAGAGAGAGAAGUUUGAUCCACCUAAUUCAGUCCCACAUCAUCACUACAAUCCUUUUCUGGAACUUGAUGAUGCAACUGUUUCUCCUUGUAUCACUACUACAGAUCAACGACAGACAAGUUUGAUUGAUAUGUUUGAUGGGGAAGAACUUGGGUUACAAGCAAUGGGUUUGAAACCAACUUUCACUGCUCAAGGUUCUAGUUUUGAAACAGAUUUGACAUCAAUUUUUGGUGACUUGAAUUUGAACACUACUUCAUUUGCAAUGACAACAAGCUUUAGUUCACAAGAACUUGCAGAGAAUAAUAACAUGGCUUUGGUACCAGCUUUUCAAGAAAAAAAUAAUCUUCCUCCUGAGAUGAACAAUUCUGCUUCAUUGUUUCAAUCUCAAGGUUCAUUUAAGAUUAGUUCAACGUCACCUUUUGAGGGAUAUAAUUCAUAUCAAAUGAGUGCAACACAAACAUUGAAUUCUCAUGAUUCUUCGUCCCUGACAAGCAUUAAUGCAUCAACUUUUACUUCUCAAGGUUCUUUCAAGACUGAUUCAGCAUCAUCAUCAACUACUUCUCAAGGCUAUGAGUUAUAUCAAACAAGCAUAGCACCAACUUUUAAUUCACAAGGUUCAUUUAAGAUUAGUUCAACAUAUCAGACGAGUACAAGACCAACUUUCAAUUCUCAAAGUUCAUUCAAGUUUGGUUCAUCAACAUCAACUUCUCAAAGCCAUGAUUCAUAUCAAACCAGUGCAGCACCAACAAUUGCUUCUCAAAGUUCAUUCAAGCUUAGUUCAACAUCACCUUAUGGCACAGAACCAACGUUCAACUCUCACAGUUCCUUCAAGAGUAAUAGUUCAGCAUCAAGUUUUCAUGACCACGAUUCAUAUCAAACGAGUACGACACCACCGUUGAAUUCUCAGAAUUCCUCUAAGAUCAGUGCAGAAUCCACUUCUCAAAGUCACGAGUCUUAUCAUUCAAGCAUUGCACCUACCUUUUAUGGCCAUAGUUCACAUCAAACAAGCUUGGAGUCAACUUUUCAAGGUCAUAAUUCCUAUCAGGCAAGCAUUGAACAAUCUUUCCAAAGAUAUACUUCUUACCAGGCAAGCAUGGAACCGACUUUUUAUGCCCACAUAAAUUCCAACCAAGUGAGCAUAGAACCAGCUUUUCAAGCCAAUAAUUCAUUUCAGACAAGCAAUAGACCAGUUUUUCAUGGUCAUACUUCAUCUCAAAGUAAUACAGAAUCAACUUUUCUGGGUUAUAAUUCAUAUCUGACAAGCACAAAACCACCCUUUCAUGGAAAUAAUCCAUGUCAGAUUAGAAAAGAACCAGCUCUUCUUACCCAUAAUAUAUAUCAGACCAGCACAACACCAAGUCCUACAUUUAGAGGGCAAAAUAGUGUAUGGCCAAUGGUAGAAGCAACGCCAACCAUUGUUGCUAAGAACCCUAAUAACGAAGCUCUGGUUCAAUCAACCUUUUGGGAGCAAAACUUCCAAAACACAAUGGCUGAACCAACAUUUCGUGCAGAGAUUUCUAAUGGGCCUUUAUUGGAAGCACCAAAGGAAGAUGAUCCUUUUGGAUCAUCAUGGCCAAGUUCUUUGACCAGGAAUGAGGAUGAUGCCAUCAACAAAUCAUCAAUGCAGAAACUAAGUUUAGAGCAACAGAAGCAGAUCUGGUUGGAGCAACAAAAAAGGAUCAUUGAAAAGCAUUUGAAUUGA